CCGCACGCACUGGUUGAUUCACACAUUUCGACGACGGUCUGCCCGCGCCGCACUAUGAUUCUGGUGGAGAUUUCACGUGCCGUCCGCUGAGGAGCCGCCGCGACGUUUCAUUCUUUUUUUCGCGAAAAAACCGACGACGAUAAACGGCUUUGUACAUAUUUGAUGCUAAUUAGUAAUAGCACGACGAUCCGCCCAACACGCGAUACUACGAUAACAUAUAAUAUACGCAUUGAGUAUACGUCUUAUGCGACAUAUCGUCGUUAUUAUUAUUAUUAUUGUUAUCAUUAUAAUAUAAUCGCGGUGUGCAACAAAACACACAGUUUGGUCCAAUAUCUCCAACACAAGGCUCCGGUCAAAACACGUCGAUAUCAAUUCAUAAAGCGACUAUUCUAUUUCAGAUCAAAAAUGUACGGGCUUUUAUUGGAAAACCUCUCGGAGUAUAUAAAAAAAAUGUACGGCGAAGACAGAUGGGAAGAGAUUCGGCGAAUGGCCAAUGUGGACCAACCUAGUUUUAGUGUACACCAAGUGUAUUGUGAAACGCUUAUUCCACGACUAGCGAAAAAAUCCCAACAAGUGCUUGGAAUUACGGAAAAAGAAUUUUUUGAACAAAUGGGAGUUCAUUUUGUCAGUUUUGUUGGCCAAUACGGUUAUGAUAGAGUACUAUCGGUAUUGGGACGACACAUGAGAGACUUUCUAAACGGUUUGGAUAAUUUACAUGAAUAUCUUAAGUUUUCAUACCCAAGAAUGCAGGCGCCUUCAUUCAUUUGUGAAAACGAAUCUAGACAAGGAUUGACAUUGCAUUACCGUAGUAAACGCCGCGGUUUCGUGUACUAUACUAUGGGCCAAAUAAAGGAAGUGGCUAGGCAUUUUUAUCACAAGGAAAUGCGCAUUGAACUAGUUCGUGAAGAGAUUUUAAUGGAUACAGUGCACGUGACGUUUCAAUUGAAAUUUGAUAAUAGAGCGUUCACAUUAGCAUCGAUGACAAUGACAAGGGAGGAAAAACAUCUUCCAAUAAGUGCAUCGGUGCUGUUCGAAAUAUUUCCGUUUUGCAUUGUGUUCAGCUCCAAUAUGAUUGUUCAAAGCAUUGGAAACUCAUUGAUGGUCAUUCUACCAGAUCUAGUUGGAAAACGGAUUACUAAUUGGUUUGACCUUGUUAGACCUUUGAUAGCUUUUAAAUUUCAAACGAUUUUGAAUCGAACGAAUAAUAUUUUUGAGCUAGUUACUGUUCAACCAGUGCUUUCUAAUCGACCAACAGACAGACACGUCAUUCUAAGCGAUGAAUCUUAUUUUUCCCCAGAAGAAAACAAACUUCGAUUAAAAGGACAAAUGAUUUAUAUGGACAAUUGGCAAAUGAUGAUGUACUUGGGUACGCCCGUGAUGCCUGAUCUCAAUGCAUUAGUUACUACCGGCUUAUACAUAAAUGAUCUCUCCAUGCACGACUUCAGCAGGGACCUAAUGUUGGCAGGGACACAACAGUCGGUUGAAUUAAAGCUGGCACUAGACCAAGAGCAGUUAAAGUCAAAAAAACUGGAAGAGUCGAUGCGGAAACUAGAUGAAGAAAUGAAGCGUACUGAUGAGCUGCUGUAUCAGAUGAUACCCAAACAAGUGGCCGAUCGACUGAGGUCGGGCGAAAACCCCAUAGACACAUGCCAAAUGUUUGACAGCGUGUCCAUAUUGUUUUCGGACAUUGUCACGUUUACCGAAAUAUGUAGCAGAAUCACCCCGAUGGAAGUGGUUUCAAUGCUUAACGCCAUGUAUUCUAUAUUCGACACACUAACUGAACGGAACAAAGUUUAUAAGGUGGAAACUAUUGGUGAUGCAUAUAUGGUUGUUUCGGGUGCACCGAUGACUGAAGACAAUCACGCAGAAAAAGUGUGUGAUAUGGCAUUGGAUAUGGUUGACGCCAUUACAGAUCUAAAAGAUCCGUCGACAGGGUCACAUUUACAAAUCCGCGUCGGCGUACAUUCCGGAGCAGUGGUAGCUGGUAUUGUCGGCUUGAAAAUGCCGAGAUACUGUUUGUUCGGUGACUCGGUCAACACCGCAUCUCGAAUGGAAUCCACGAGCGAAGCAAUGAAAAUUCAUAUAUCACAAACCACUAGAGAUCUGAUUUCAGCAUCGUACAUGGUCAAAGAGCGUGGUGAGAUUUAUGUGAAAGGAAAAGGCGCCAUGAAAACGUAUUGGUUGGAACACCGGGAAAGCCGACCACCAUUAAGCCGGGUAUUGCCACUGGCCAAUUCUGAUUUACCAGAAUUGGAGUGGGAGCGUAGUGCCGAUACGGUAUUUGACAUUGUGGAACGCAACACGGACAUGACCAUGCAGUUGGCCGAAGACAGGAUCAGGACAUACUCGCCAGUGACAUUUCAAGAAGUGGCUAGGCACUCGAUAUCGCGUUCACCAGUUAGAGAAUAUUAUCGAGAGUCCCGAUCGAAUUCAAUAAGUUGCACGCCCAUCGUGUCGCAGAAAGAGCUGCAACGGUUGACGUGUCUGAACAGGAGCUCGUCGCCGCUGUCGCGGUUUGCGAGGAAAAUCGAACAGCUACCAAAGCCGCCGGACUGCACUUCCACUGCAGCUGUCGCGGUCGCCGUCCAGAGACACAGAUACGUGAGAAACACAGUGGGCGGCCGCGGCGGCACGCAGACGGCUCCGUCGUCGCCGGAGACGCACAAGGAAGAGGACGUCUCGGCCGAUUCGUCACCGCUACUUCCGGUAGCGCUUCCGGAACCACCCGCGGAGUCGGCGGCAAUUUCGCAGUCGCCACCGUUGCCACCGCCACCGCCGCCACCGCCGCCGCCACCGCCGCCGGUCAUUAAGUCCAAUCCCGUUCUGGUGCACGUGGCCGAUUACGUCUCGUCCGAUUGCGUGGACAGCGUCGAUUCGGACGAUCAGCGGUCGCUGCAGACUAGAGACGCGGACGACCUGGGCGGAUCGGACGUCGGAGGGGACCACCCGCACCCUUUCCCUGAGUCUUCCGACGACGAUCUACCGCCGGACGACGACGAGGACGACGACGAUUUGGACCUGUCUUCGGCGGGUCCCACCACUCCGCCGCCCAGAUCGUCACCUUCGUCAGCGUCGCCGACCGACGCCGCCCGAACUGCAGUGACCACGUCCAAGUCGGACGGGCAGAUAUACGGCCGGCGGCGGCGGUGUGCAGACGACGAACCCGAUGACGACGCGAGCACGUCCAGUCUUAACCGGCAGACUCAGUGCUGCAUGAGAUUCAAAACGCACCCGAAGUCGUCCAGGAAGCGAUCGCAGUCCCACUCCUGCAAAUUGAUCUAAUAUGUCGUCGCAUCACCCCCAAAUUCGCUCGUGUAUAUAUAAUAUAUAUUAUAUUCGUGUUAGCCGCUUCUAUCACGCGCUGUUGUCCGCGAGUCGUGAAAUAAAAUUAUACUUUACUACUAUAGGUACUAUAUAUAUAUGUAUUCUGUACAUAUGUGUGUGUGUGUGUGUAAAUUGUUUUUAUUGAAUAUGUAGACUAUAGACUUGUCGUGGUAACCGACAUGCGGAUCGAUUGUAAUAAAAUCAUCAUAGUACGUAAUAAUAGAUUCAUUACCAUAAUAUGCGAACACUGCCCAAUACAUUCAAUUCAUACAAGCAUAAUUAAAUUAUAUGCGCUUACAGCGACGGUAACGAUGUUUUGGGUUGCUUAUAAAAACCCGUUAAAGCUUAUUACCACCAAUAGUCCAAACAAUCAAAUCGAUAAAAAAAAAAAAAUUCGACAAAGUUUAUAAUUCUAUUGUAAAAAUAUCAUACCACAAAUUAGCCCCCUCUCCCGGUUAGGUCAAGCCCCCACUUUGCUGUUCAUUACUAAAAUGCGAUCGUGCAGUAGUAUACAUUUAACAAAGUGUGCAACAACCGUGUAUAUUAUGUUUAAAUUUCUCCAAAAUUAUCAAUAAAAUCAUCAUCCUUUAAAAUUAGUAAAAUAAACAGAAAAGUAUGUGGCAUGAGUUUUUGAGAGUUUCUGCAUAAUUAGAGCUUCCGGUUUAUUUUUGUGAAGCCUCAUUAAACCGUUGUCAUUUUACAUAGCAUAUCAUAAUCAUACGUAUACCUAUAGAUAAUAAAGUGGUGGAUUUGUGUGUGUAUAUGUGUGUGUGUGAGUGAUGCGAGUUAAAUGUUUACAAUCAAAAUAUCAAAUUAAAGAUAUUAGUACAUUUUAUUUACAUGAGAAUAGUAUAAUAUUUCAAUAACCUAUU